GUCGGCCGUGGGUGACAGCGGAAUUGAGCCGUCCGGAGAGGCUACCGACGAGGAACCGACGCGAAAAAGGUGGGAAGAGGAAGGGAAGAGCUCGAUAAACAUUAAUUCCCUGCUUAAUAUUCAAAGUGACAGCCUUGCAAGUUGUAGCUUCCCCGUGCAGCGACACUCCUCUUUUUGUUGAUGACUGAGGUGGCUGAGGAACUCCACAGAAGUAAAGCUGUGCAAAAGAUGGAUGCAGAGCAGCUACUGUCUCUGUCAGGCUCAGCACUGGCACAGGCUAUCAGCUCUCUACUGGAGACCCCCGGCCUCUACGUCUUCUCGGACAUCCUAGAGCUUCCGAAUGUCAGAGAGCUGGAGUCGGGCCCUCAUGCACCAGUGUAUCAGCUCCUCAACCUGUUCGCCUAUGGAACAUACUGCGACUACAAAGAGAGAGCGGCGUCGCUACCGGAGUUGAACCCAGCACAGAGAAACAAACUCCGCCACCUGUCCAUCAUUAGUUUGGCGUCCAACCUCAAGUGCCUGCCCUACUCACUGCUGCUGCAGCAGCUCGAGUUGAAGAACGUGCGCGAGCUGGAGGACCUGCUGAUCGAGGCCAUCUACUGCGACAUCAUCCAGGGCAAACUGGACCAGAGGAACCAGCAGGUGGAGGUGGACUGUAGCAUGGGCCGUGAUCUUGGCCCCAAUGAGCUCCCGAACAUAGUCAACACACUGCAGGAGUGGAGUGCAGGCUGUGAGGCAGUGCUGUGUGGAAUAGAGGAGCAGGUGUCCAGAGCGAACCAGUACAGAGAGAGCCAACUAAAGGUCAAACUCCAGGUGGAGACAGAGGUUUCAAACCUACAGAAAACGUUAAAGGCCAGCUCUGCCUCGCCAUCAUCUGGCCCCGCCCCUGCUGGAGCGGCCUCCAAUCAGGAUGCAGACCAGCCAGCAGAACCACGAGACCCAGCCUCCUCUCAGGAACCACGACAACCGGGCAAAAAGAGUUCAAAGGUCAAAGGGCUGCGUGGCAGUGGGAAGAUCUGGUCCAAGUCUAACUGAGGGGCAGCAACCUGGAGACACCGGCCCUCAUGGAUAUACUCACCUCACUGGCUAACAGACAAUACUGAUGGACAGACAGAUGCAUAAAGCCGAUAUGCAACCAAUAAUUACGGACAAACCCCAGCAAACGCAUACUAUCUCA